AUGGCGUCUCCCACCAGUGGGAACGGCAAGCAGCCGGCUCCCAAGCAGCCAACCACCUUCUACUUCGCCUAUGGUAGCAAUCUGCACCUCAAGCAGAUGAAGCGGAGAUGCCCUCAUAGCAGAUACAUUGGAAGAGCCCGGCUGGUCAACUACCGCUGGCAGAUCAACGAGCGCGGCUAUGCCAACGUUGUCAAGACCGACGGAUAUUGGGUGGAUGGUCUGGUUUAUGAGAUUGACGCUGCCGAUGAGGCCAAGCUGGACAUCAAUGAGGGCGUGUCCAAGAACGCAUAUGCCAAAAAGACCAUGAGAGCCCAACUGUUCAGGGCGCCAGGCAAUCUGUACCGUCGUCCAACAUCAUGGAUAGUUGAUAGAGGAGGUCCAGCCAAGAUACUUCGCCAGGCGAAGGAGGGCACACCGAAGCAGCCAGAGCAGCCCCAGCACUGGGUCCAGGAGGUCCUCGUCUAUAUCAGUCUGAAUUUCACCACCGAUAGCCCGCCCAAGGAGGAAUACAUCAACCGCAUCAACUUCGGACUCGCCGACGCCAGAGCCCUCGGGAUGGAAGAUGACUACAUCAGCAACUGCAUCCGGCCCUUUGUCCCGGCGCCCGCAAGGCCUCAGAGAACCCUCGGAGCCGCAAACGCAGAGAAAGGAAAGCAGCCAGCUCGCGGCUUGAAGCGAAAUGCUUCCCCUAGGACUGGUGAGAAAUCUCCGGCCCGCCCAGGACGAGCACCCAAAAGACCUGACAAUCAGACUCCCCAACAAACGACGACGAGCAGACCCCGGAGCCAGACCGUCCCUAGGAGACCUGGUGCGACCUCACAGCAAAAUCCGCCUCAGCAAAAUCCGCCUCCCUUACCACCUCGACCCGUUCCACCACUUCCGCCACGACCCAUCCCGCGGUAUCGCGAUGCCCCGAUCAUUGUCGUUGAAGAGUAUCAUUUUUCUUGCCGGUCGAUUUGA